AUGGAUACUGACCCUCAGUAUAGAGACUACAAUUAUGAAAUUCUUCCUCCCGUCAACUUCACCAUCACAGCUGCUGGUUUGGCUCAAGUUCUUUUGCGCUGGGAGCCAAAUCCUGACCAAGAGCAAGGAGGUGCUCAGCUGGGAUACCACGUGAAAAUAGACUCUCCCCAGGAAGCUGAUUACGAGACGCGCAGCACCUGGAGCCGACGCACAGCCGAGCUACACCGAGGCCUGCGGGCCAGCGUGCGCACCAUCUCCUGGGCCGGGCCCACCCUGCCUGCCAGUGCCUGGGUGACCACCAGCCUGGAGGCCCCGCCGGGACUCCUGGGCAGCGCAGCUGUGAACCUUACCUGUAACACCAACACCUCCGCCCCCCAGCCCGGGCAUCUAUGGGCCCACUCCGUCUCCCUACACUGCUCCUGGCACUCAGGCCCAGAUGCCCCUCAGGACACCCAGUACUUCCUGUCCUACAGGUAUGGUGCCAGGAAGGAAGAGUGUCCUGAGUACCACAGAGACACUCAGGGCAGGAAUGUCGCCUGCUGGUUCCCCACCACGGCCAUCAGAGGCAAAGGGCUGGAGCCGCUGGCUGUGCAGGUGACCGGCAAUAGUGAAGUGGCCGCCAUUAGGACCCUGGACCGGCUCUUCAGUCUCCCUGCCAUUGACUGUGUAAACCCCCCUGUGAAUGUCACAGCUGAGGUCCAGGGCCCUCGUGUCUCCAUCCAGUGGGAGAAGCCUGUGUCUUUCUUCCCCGCCCGGUGCUUCCGGUACGAGGUGAGACUCUGCAACAAGAGGAGCGGCUCCCUUCAGACAGAGACGACUGACAGCACCUCGUUUGUGUCUUUCAUCGCCAGUCCGGCUGUGUCCUCUGUGCGUGUAAGAGCAGCGCUGAGCCCGGCGUGCAGGGCAGAGGGAGCGUGGGGUGCAUGGAGUUCCCCCAUUCACGUGGGAAGUGAGGUGCAGACACCCUCCUGGGACUGGCUGCCCAUUACACUCACAGUGGCUGGCUGUGGGGGACUGCUCGCCACCUCACUCAUCUGCCGGCUAUGCCACCUGUGGACCAAGCUGUGCCCCCCUGUGCCAGCCCCCAAAAGCAGUAUGAAGGAGUUCUUGGUUGCCCUCAACUAUGAGAAGCCUGGCCCCAGCACGGUGGAACCUGAAGUGGUCACACAAGUGGAGGAGCCUGGGCUGGACGUGCCAGGAGACACCAGGCUCUGAUGCCCACUGCCCGUUCCAGAAUGGACUCACUUACAGUGGGUAAUGAGGACAGAACUACGGCUUCCUGGCUGAGAAGCACACACCUUUGUUGUCAGACUCUCUCUCAGGUCCUUGGCUGUACUAUUCCGUCACCCACACGAGAGUCACCUGGAGGCCCGGCCACAGAGGCUGGUGGAGGAUUGAGGACAGACCCUUACUUAGUAGGCUGGUCCUGGUCAGAGAACACACAGCAGUCUGUCCUUUAGGAGCUGAAAGGUAGACUCCUCCACCAUUUCACUCACAUUCGGAGUACAAAUAACUGAACCAAACUGGCAACAGAAUAAUGAUGGUCAAACUGACAACUGGAUGCCAAAAACUCUGGUGGCUGAGGAAGGGGAGAAGGUGUCACCUGAGGAAAAGGAAGUCAAGACACAUAACUACAAUGAAAAAAGAAGUGUGUGUGUGGGGGGGGGGCGGGGGAGGACUUCUGGAGGCAUGACUAUGAGUAGGAGCCAUUUCAGAUGACUCUCCUGUGAAACUAGAAAAAAAACAACAAAGAAAAUCACUUGAAAACCCAACAAAAUACAACCAAGAUUUCUUCAGGAACUCACUGCUUUAUAGACCAGGUGGUCAGGUGGAUCCAUUCAAAGCAAACCAAGUUGCAGAUGCUACUAUGAUUCCAUCCUGACUUCUCUGGGCUGACAGCCUCACCUCCCCAUAGCCCUAUCCCACUAGGGAAAGAUAGAAGCAGGCUGGGGGUGGGGGUAUGGGUUGACCUGCCAAUGGCCAUGUCCAACAGAGAAGCAAUUAUAGAAGUCAGAACUCCCACCUUCUGGGCCCCCAAAAGAAUUCUGGUUCAUAUCCCUAGAGAUGGGGAGAAAUGUUAGGAGAAGAUGACCAGAGGGCUCUGAACCCUAAUUCCAUCAGAACCCUGAGAGAGAAAAGGGAAAAGGAAAGAUAUUCAGAAGUAGUAACAGGUAGAGGUGUGGCUUGGAAAGGUGGAGAAGGCAGAACCAUAGAAAAAAUGGGCAAAAAUAUAGACAAAUAGUUACAGAAAGAACAGUCAACCCUUAUCUGUUACCUUGGGAGAACCAUUGUAAUUUCCAAUGGAGGGAAUGGGGAAAUGGACCUCUGGUGGUGACAACAGUGUGGAAUUGUACUCCUGGUAGCUUGUAAUGUUUUAAACCAAUAUUAAACCACUAAUAAUAAUAAUAAUAAUAAUAAUAAUAAAACCAAAAAACAAAAACCAGAAGUGGGAACAGGACAGCUCUUUCUAGAGAUAAAAGGACAAUAAGGAAAUUGGAAUAGAAGUGCACCAACUUGUUAAGUGUUGGUAUGUUUCAUAUAGGUUUGAUCUCUUUGCCCCCACCUCUGGAAGAGUGUGGUUUAGCCCUGCUAGUUUCACGGGGCCCACUUGUCCCCGCCCAAAAAGAACCCCUACGGACGUCCAGAGUCCCAGCAGCAGCCGCUGAGGGAGAAAGAUGGGGAAGCACAUGGUGUGGUGAUUUGCCCGCUAGUGAAUAAAGAUUAAACUGCAGCUUUUCCGCC